GGCGUUCUAUUCUACUUAUUCUGUUUCUAUGAAUCGAACUCGGUCCUGUUUCUAUUUUGACUAAAAGGGGCAAAGACAAGAGAUCUAUGUGAGAGAAAGUACAUACCCAAAGGAAAGUUAUUUGAUAGCUUCAAAGAAAAACAGUGUGUGAGGUUUUGGUCAGGAUGCGGCCGACACUCUCUCUCUGUCCUGUCCUGAUCUCUCUGUUAUUCCUUCUGUCUGGACUGACCGUCAUCAACGGCUGUAACAAAGCCCUGUGUGCCAGUGACGUCAGCAAAUGUCUUCUGCAGGGGCUUUGUCAGUGUCGGCCAUCGGAGGGAAACUGUUCAUGUUGUAAAGAGUGUAUGUUGUGUUUGAGUUCUCUCUGGGAGGAGUGCUGCGACUGUGUAGGAAUGUGUAACCCAAGACAUUACAACGACAGUCCGGCCACCUCCAAGAGCACGGUCGAAGAGCUCUACCGGCCAAUCCCUUCGCUUUUCAGGGCACUGACUGAAGGCGACGCCCCCAUUAACAUGAUGGUUGUUUCGUUUCCCGUUGCUGAGGAACUGUCCCACCAUGAGAAUCUUGUGUCUUUAAUGGAAACACUGGACAGUCAGAGUCACAACAUCUCGCUGCCCAGAAACAGCGUCCAUGGUGAUGCCAUGUGUACGGUGGUAUACUUUGAUGACUGUGUGUCCAUUCGCCAGUGUAAGCAGUACUGUGAGUCAAUGGGAGGAUCAAAGUACCGCUGGUUCCACAACGCCUGCUGUGAGUGUAUUGGACCUGAAUGUUUGGACUACGGCAGCAAAGCAGUGAAAUGCACAAACUGCCUCAUCUGAGACUUUAUACACACUUUCGGAUAUGAAUCACUGCACUAUCAAAGAACUGAAUACAGUCAAACUCACGCUACACUUGUUUUUCUUUCUUUUUUUUGUCUUUUGGAAUAUAAGGAAAUAAGCAUAGCUUUUGAGAUUUUUAUAACAUUAUCAAUAUUUUGUUAAUUAUUUCAGCAGCAUAUAUGGAUUGCAUAUCGUUUUCAGCGUUAUAAAAGCUAUCAAAAACCAAAGAAAAAUAGUCCUGAACAAAACUUUUACGUUUUUUAAGUAUGAUUGUAUGAUUAAGCGAUCAUUGUUCAAUAUUUCAAUUGUGUCAUCUUUCAUUGUCACACAACAUACUAAAGAAAACACUUCAUAAUUCAUGUUUAAGAUAUCAGUGAUGUUGUAGAACAAAACGUGAAAGAAUCAAGUCAUUUUAAUCACAACCCUUAUUUGAAUCAGUAAUUUAAAAACACAAGCAUCAUAGUGUCUUAAGUAUUGUGGUAUGAGAAAUAAAUUUGUUUAAUAACAAAGAA